AUCAAGCACCUAGGCAUGCAGACUGCUUCUACAAAGAUUUGUAAAAGAAUGGGUCACUCUCAAGAGCUCAGUGAACUGAAACAUGGUACUGUGAUAUUUUGCCACCUGUGCAAUAAGUCCAUCUGUGAAAUUUCCUUGCUACUAAAUAUUCCACGGUCAACGGCUAGUGGUAUAAUAACAAUGUGGAAUCAACUGGGAACAACAGAAACUCAGCCACAAAGUGGUAGGCCAUGUAAAGUGACAGAGCAGGGUCAGUGCAUGCUGAAUUGCACAGUGGGCAGAAGUCACCAACUGUCUGCAGAGUCAAUAGCUAAAGACCCCUAAACUUCAUGUGGCCUUCAGAUUAGUGCAAUAACAGUGCUUAGAGAGCUUCAUGGAAUUAGUUUCCAUGGCUGAACAGCUGCAUCCAAGCCUUCCUUCAGCAAGUGUAAUGCAAAGCAUCGGAUGCAGUGGUCUCUAGAGCAUUGGAGACGAGAAGAGUACUUGCCUGACUGCAUUGUGCCAAAUGUAACGUUU